AUGGUCCGCAUCGACCAGGAUAUCAAGUUGGAUUUCAAAGAUGUCCUAUUCAGGCCUAAGAGGAGCUCCCUUUCAUCCCGUAGUCAGGUCACCUUAGAUCGUGAGCUCCACUUCAUGCACAGCUCUCUGACGUGGGCGGGGGUUCCGGUCAUAGCAGCUAACAUGGACACAGUCGGUACCUUUGCUAUGGCGGAAGCACUUGGUAAAUUCAAGUGUCUUGUGGCCAUCCACAAGCAUUACUCCUUGGAGCAGUGGAGGAACUGGUGCUCCCGGGUCGGCCGAGAUGUACUGGAUAACGUGGCGGUAUCAACAGGGAUAAUGAAGGACGAUCUCAUAAAGCUGAAAUCAGUGAUGGAGAUUUCCAAGGCCAAUUUCAUCUGUCUCGACGUCGCUAACGGUUAUGCUGAAGCCUUUGUUGAGGCUGUCAGGACGUUGAGGAAGGACUAUCCUGAUAAGGUGAUAAUGGCUGGUAAUGUGGUCACUGGGGAGAUGUGCGAAGAGUUGCUGCUGUCCGGUGCUGAUAUCGUCAAGGUUGGGAUUGGCCCGGGUAGUGUGUGCACUACUAGGAAAAUGACAGGCGUUGGGUAUCCCCAGCUCUCCGCUGUUAUCGAAUGUGCUGACGCCGCGCAUGGAAUUGGGGGCAUGAUAAUCUCUGAUGGUGGCUGCACGUGCUCAGGGGACGUCUGCAAAGCUUUUGGAGGCGGGGCGGACUUCGUCAUGCUGGGAGGAAUGUUGGCUGGUCAUGACGAGAGUGGCGGUCAGCUGGUUCACGAUGUUAGGAGCGAGAAGUGGUAUAAAGAGUUUUAUGGUAUGUCGUCUGAUACAGCUAUGAAUAAGUAUGCGGGAGGGGUUGCCAAUUACCGUGCCUCAGAGGGGAAGUCUGUGAAGGUGCCGUAUCGCGGUCCUGUCAGCCACACUAUACAGGACGUCCUCGGAGGCCUUCGGUCAUGCUGUACCUAUGUUGGAGCCAGAGCCCUUAAGGAGCUCUCGAAGAGGACUACUUUCGUUAGAGUGACCCAGCAGCUCAACCCGGUGUUCGAUCAUGCCCCUGCUGCUCCUCAGCCCCCUAAGGCCCCACCUCAGCCUACUGUAGCGGCGGCAAAGGAAGCCCAUGAGACGGAGUCGGAGGGAGCGCCGUCACCGAAGAGGGCCAGGUCGGGGAGUUUGGGAUCGCCGAGACACCAUCGACAUGAGAGCAACAGUCCGCGUCAUCGCCAUUGAUUGGCACACUGAUUCACAUCCAAGCAAUAGUCGCCGAGUUUCGAUUUUCUUG